CAAUCCCCCCCCCUUCUCUCUCGCUCGCCUGAGAAAGCUGUUGGCCGUUACUCUCCAAAACUGGCUUUCUUCUCUCCAGGUCAGUCCUUUUCACCAAAACCAUUUUCAAUUGCCCUUCUUUUCUAGUUUUUAUUUUAUUUUAUUUUUAUUUUUUAAGAUGGGUGUUCUUUGUUAAUCUUUAAAAUAUAAAUUUGUAUAUAUAUAUAUAUAUAUCUGUCAUUUUCUUUGGAGUGUGUUAAUGAUUUGAUGUUCAGCACAUUCGAAUAAUCUUAAAACGAAUAUACUUUUCCAGUCACCUCUUCUUCGACCCUUCUCUCCUAGCGGUUCCGCGUUUCUGAGUUUUCCUUUUCUAUUUUGUCCUUUUUAUUUGAUUUUGGGGCGGCCCAAAUUUAUAAAUUUGUUCGUGGCUUCUUGGGUUUGAUUUUGAUUUUGAUUCCCCGAUAGAGCUUUUCUCUAUCUCAUUCAUGUGAUCUUUUUUAUUGGGUCAUUUGGAGGGCAAUCAAUUUGGGUUCUUGAAAUUGUGUUCUUUUUAUUAAGUUUUGUGAUCUCUUGUUCUUGGAAUAUCGGAGGAGAUAAUUUAUAACCUAAAAGUCUCGCAAUUUCGCUGGGCAAUCAAUUGGGGGUUAGUUUAUUGAUGAGGGUUUGUGAUUUUGUGAUCUGGGUGGUCUGAGAAAUUUGAUUUCUUGGAGGAUGUAUGCUGUGGGGAGGCUCGGCAGCUACAUCACGCGGGGGGUUUACACGGUCUCCGGCCCAUUCCAUCCGUUUGGCGGUGCUGUAGAUAUCAUUGUGGUGGAACAGCAAGAUGGGAGCUUCAAAUCAUCCCCUUGGUAUGUUAGGUUUGGGAAAUUUCAAGGGGUUCUCAAGACAAAAGAGAAAAUGAUUAACAUAAGUGUUAAUGGAGUCGAAGCCGAUUUCCAUAUGUAUUUGGAUCAUAAAGGGGAAGCCUACUUUCUUAGGGAGGAGGAGAACGGCGAAGAAGAAGGGGAUUCUAUACUUUAUCCUUCGUCUUCUGGUGAGGAGACUGAUGGUCAGUCUCGUGAUAGGAUUCCGAUGAAACCCAUAAGUUGCAACUUUGAUGCUGGUGGUCUGUCUAAUUUGCCAUUGAAAUCCAAAAGUUGCAACUUUGAUGCAAAUCAGUCUAAUUUGGUUACUCAGAUUGAUGUCACCAAUGGAAAGAUUUUCACCAGGACAAAUUCCAGCAAGAAUCGUAUUCUGGGCCUUGUUUUUGGAAGGAAGUCAAAGAAAGAGGAUAGCAGUGCCAGUAGGGUGGAUGAGGACAGCCCUGAUGUUGUCAGAGCAGAUUCAUUGGAGCGUGCUGAGAUUGCAGCUGACCUCUUGGAGAUGAAGUGGUCUACCAAUCUUGCGUCUAAUAGGCACAGGAAAGAUAAUGCAUCACUGGUUAUCAUUUCAGAGAGCUCAGAGUGUGAAGCAAAUAAGGAGUUGCCAAUUAGUUAUGGACAGGUUGAGAUGGGCUCGCCUUCAAUUAUUUUGGACCCUACUGCAUUGCAUGCCGGAAUUGUUAUUCAUGACAAUGGAAUCAGCAUUAGUUCUGAUAAGGAUUUUGGGAAAUUGUCAUGUUUAAACACUGAGCACAAUAUUGGAACAUCCAGUCAAGGUGAAAGUGGUUUGCAAGAAAAAAAUGAUUUGAAUUUUCAGACAUCAAGGGAGAUUGAUGAAAUAGGAGUAACGAGUGCAGAUCAUGAUAAGAAUGCUAUGGCUUUAAUCUCUGAGACCAUCGGUUCUGAUCUAAAAUCUGCUAAGCUCGAUGAAUGUCCUGGCAAGAAGCUUGAAGAAGAACACAUUUUUAAGGAGGGCAUUGAUAGACUUGAAUCUUUAGUUUACAGCAAAGCAUUAGAUAGCUCGAGGUUAGAAUUAGAUGAUUCUGGUGGACAGACAGAUGAGACUUUGUACGUUUCUUGUGGGGGAGGUGCAGAAGUCUGUGUACAUGCCAAAAUGGUUCAUGAGACAGCUGAGUCAUUAUCUGAGGUUAACUCUGUUCAAGAAACUAGUUUAUUAGUAGCAAAAGAUCCUUUGGAUUUUCCUUCAAACUCAUAUGCAAAUAGUACUCUAACCAAAACAUAUGCUCAAAUGGUGACUGUUGACCCAAUAGAUGGUUCAGUAAAAGAAGUCGAGUCAUGCAGCAUUUACACUAUUUCUGGUUUCAACAACUCAAUUUAUGAAGUGCAAGAUGGAGAAAACACAGGGGAUGAAGAUAACAUGACGAAGCUCCAAUAUUCUUCAGAGACUGUUGGCGAUUCUCAAGAAUUUAGGACUGAUAGUUUCUCAACAGAAGCAAAAACUCUUACUACGUCAGAAGGUUCCGAGGAAGAAAAACUUUUAGGUGAUCUUGAUGAUUUCAAUCAUGGGAAGGUUAGGUGCAUGGAGUCAAACAUUUCAAAUCAUGUGGAGAAACAAAAUCAUCCCUCAGAUACUUCGAAAGGUAGUGAAGCAGUGAUCGAGUCACUCAACCCAAACGAUGACCCACAUUCAUCUUCAAACAAGUUUGUUCAAGAGAAUACACCAAAUGAUGUUGAAGACUUCAGUGCAAAGCCAACGAUAGUUUCAAGUAGCAUUAAUAUUCCUAAAAGUAAUAAAGUUGCUGGUGAGGACCUUGGGAGGGCUGAAUCUUUACCUAAUAUGUGGUCUCACACCAAUGAUUUGGUUGUAGAUGAUCGUUGUUCUUUUGGACAUUCUCUAGAUUCAAAAUGUAAAUCCUCGACGUGGACACCACUCGGGGAAGACAUUUCAAGCUGGAAAAAAUCAGAUGCAAACAAAGAUGAUCAAGUAUCCUUGGCACAACCAACAGUCGAGGAUGCUCAAAUUUUGGAGGAGCUCAAAAAUGGACCUGCCAGCCCUGCAGCUGGUGAUCCAUCUAAAGUUACUAAUGACUCCAAUGGAAGCUGGGGUGUUUGGCCUUUUUCUUUCAAAAGAUCAAGAAGCAUGAAAGCCACACAGCCAGCUCAAAAUUCUAGCAGAAGUUCUAAUGCGGAGAGUACUUUGGAGAGCUCUAUUAGCAUGGAUGGGGAAAAAGAUAUGCUUAAACCUAAGGUGAAGAACAAGAAAUCAAGGGGACUCACUCCAACUCCUGAACAGCUGGCGUCCUUGAAUCUGAAGCAUGGGCAGAACACCGUAACCUUUACAUUCUCAACUCCAAUGCUAGGGCCACAGCAGGUUGAUGCUAGAAUAUAUUUGUGGAAAUGGGACUCUCGUAUAGUCAUUUCAGAUGUUGAUGGGACAAUUACUAAAUCUGAUGUUCUAGGACAAUUCAUGCCUUUGGUUGGAAUGGAUUGGUCACAGACUGGUGUUGCACAUCUAUAUUCUGCUAUUAAGGAAAAUGGGUAUCAUUUACUUUUUCUAAGUGCACGUGCUAUCUCACAGGCCUAUCACACUAGACAAUUCCUAUUCAACCUUAAGCAGGAUGGAAAGGCUUUACCAGAAGGGCCUGUUGUUAUUUCCCCUGACGGACUGUUUCCUUCUUUGUUUCGAGAAGUCAUCAGAAGAGCUCCUCAUGAAUUCAAAAUUGCUUGCUUAGAGGAUAUUAAGGCAUUAUUUCCCGCGGAUUGCCACCCAUUCUAUGCUGGUUUUGGAAAUAGAGACACUGAUGAGUUUAGCUACCUUAAGGUUGGAAUCCCAAAGGGAAAAAUCUUCAUCAUUAAUCCCAAGGGGGAAGUAGCUGUGCACCGCCGUGUUGAUACAAAAUCAUAUACGUCGCUUCAUGGUCUUGUGCAUGACAUGUUUCCGCCCAUGACCUCAUCUGAGCAGGAGGAUUAUAAUUCAUGGAAUUACUGGAGACUGCCUCCUGCUUUGGAUAUUUGAAAGUCUCAAAAAUUGCUUCAACAUUUUAAAUUAGAAUCAUAUGGAUGCCGGCCAGCUUGUCAGAAAUUAUUGAGGGGCUUGGUGUUCAGCAAAGGAAUUGACUAGUGGUAGAAUUUCUGUUUUGCUUUUUAUUUUUAUUUUUAUGUUGGACUGGGUGAUAGAUAUAUUGGCAACGGGAUUUGAAGAGAGCUCCGAAUUGCUGAUAUCCUGCUUGAUGUGCUUGCAGACCAUUGGCAGUGGGAGGUAAUCUACAGCUCAGAUUCAAUAGAUGAUACAAAUCCUUUUUUACUUUUCCAAAUCAAUUCAACCCAUAAAUUUGUAUAGUGUUUUUAUUGAUCCCAUGAACACUGCAAUUUCUCAUCUAAGCAUACAUUUUUGUAAGGGUAGGUAUAUAUAUAUAUAUAUGAAUUAAUGUGAAA